AUGUCUUCUACAGCAAAUAAGAAGCCUACACAAACUUCUAUUGCUGUUGGAUCACCAGAAGAAAAUGAUAAUUCCAGUAAAGGGUCUCAAGCUAAUAUUGAGGUUGAGUCAACGCCAUACUCCGAGGAGAAAAAACCCUUUUGGCAAAGAUUUAGAUUUCGUGUUGAUACUACCGAUCAUCCACCACAAAUCUUCAACAAGACCUUGUACUUGAGUAUUUUAGUCUUUGGGUUGUUUGGAGCAGCAAGAGGUGUUGAUGAAGGUACAAUUUCUGGAAACCUUGCUCUUCCUGCAUUUACUCGGAAAUUUGGAUUAAGUGAUACAACAAAGACAGAACAUGAAAUUGCGACAUUGAAAUCCAAUAUUGCUUCCAUGGUGCAAUUGGGUUCAGUUGCAGGAGCUAUUAUUGCCAUGAAGUCAGUUGAUUACUUUGGUAGACUUAGGGCAUUGCAAGUUGUGUGUAUUAUCUGGUUAGUUGGUGUUGCUAUUCAAGUUUCUUCUAACUCCGUUGGUCAGUUGUUUGCUGGUCGUUUUGUUGAAGGGUUGGCUAUUGGUCAAACAACGUCUAUUGGCCCAGUUUACAUGUCUGAAGUCGCACCAAGUCCGAUUCGUGGCAUGGCUAAUUGUAUCUUUGCUGGUGCUGUGUACUUGGGAAUCAUGAUGGGAUAUUUUGCAAACUACGGUUCGGCAAUACAUAUCCCUGAAGCAUUAGCCGAUGGAUCAAUUAAUGACAAGCAAUGGAGAGUCACUUUCUGUGUCAAGUUUAUUAUGGCAGGUCUUAUAUUUGUUACAUCAUUCUUUUUAUGUGUCGAGAGUCCUCGUUGGUUGUUGAAGCACGACAAGUCACAAGAAGCUAUUGAGAAAUUGAGUAAAUUGAGAAACUUGCCCACUGAUCAUCCAUAUAUUCUUGCUGAGAUUAGUGAUAUCAAUGAACAGGUGACAGCCGAGAAAGAAGCAGCUAGAUCUUCAUCAUUGUUGGACAAUUUUAGACAAAUUUUUACCGUCAAAAGUAUUGCUUACAGAUUGUUGAUCAUUGGUGGUGGAAGUCAAGUAUUGGGCCAAUGGAGUGGUGCCAAUGCCGUUACAAUCUACGCUUCGGAAUUGUUCUCGUUAGUUGGUGUUACUGGUAUUGAUAAAUUGAAAAUGUCGGCUGUUUUGGGUGUUGUCAAGUUCUCCUCCGCUUACUUUGCUGCGUUUUUCCUCAUUGAUAUCUUGGGUAGAAAGAGGUCACUUUACAUUGGUGUUUCUGGCCAAAUGUUGUGCUUGUUGUACUAUGCAAUCUUUUUGAAUUUGGUUCCUGAGGCUGCCGAAGGAGUUGUUGUCAAUGCCAAUGCCAGGAGAGCAAGUACUGGAGCUUUGGCUGCUAUUUUCUUGAGUGGCGCAUUCUGGACAAUUGGAUUCAAUUCAAUUCAAUAUUUGAUUGGUAAUGAAAUUUUCCCUCUAGGUAUUAGAUCAUUUGCCCAGUCGGUCAUCAUGGUUUUACAUUUUGCUAAUCAGUAUGGUAACUCCAGUGCUAUGCCAAAACUUAUGCUUGCUAUGCAUUCAUUUGGUGCAUUUUACUUUUUUGUUGGUGUCUUGUGCAUAGCUUUAGUUUGGGCAUUUUUCCUUCCUGAAUUGAAAGGUAGAAGUUUGGAGUCAAUUGAAGAGGUGUUUACAUUGCCAUGGUAUAAUUUGAGACGUUGUCGUAAGUUGGUUCCAGACCACUCACAAAUCCACAAAGUUAAAUAUACUAAUAGCAGAGGCAACACUGGUGCUGACUACAUACAAUAUGAUUUGGAAUUAAACAAGCCCAUUGGUGAGUUUGUUGAGAAUACUGGGACAUCAAGGUCCAAAAAUGUUGGUGGCAGAAGUUCUGGAGAAGAGGAAGAAGAGAAGAAGGUUUAG